AUGACAAAAGCGUUCAAUGUGGAUUGGUUCAAACAGUGUUUCAUUCCAGAAGUCAAACGUCAUUUGAGAGGAAAAGGACUAGACUUUAAAGUGCUUCUGCUCGCAGACAACGCCGGAGGCCACGCUGAUGAUUUGUCGUAUGACGUUGUGCAAAUCGAAUUUCUACAGCCAAACACUACACCGCUGAUUCAGCCCAUGGACCAAGGCAUCAUCCACGCUUUCAAGGCUCUUUAUAUGCUCAACACUCUGCAAUAUCUUUUUGAGGCCAUGGACUCGGAUCAAGAUUUGUCACUUAAAACCUACUGGCGUGAAUACACCUUUGCAUCAUGUCUCCAAAAUAUCCAGAGAGCCAUUCAGGAGAUGAAACCUGAAACUUUAAAUGCCUGCUGGAAAAAAAAACCUGUGGCCAGAGGCAAUGCACAACCCUUGAUGAGAUCCAUCAGCUUCGGGAAGAUGGCUUUAAUGAUGUAA